CGGGUUUUAUUUUGAAAGCGUUGUCCGGACGUUGUACUUCUGAAUUUGAUGUGCUUAACAAAAUAAAAUCCUAGCAACGUUAGCAACUAGCCAGGAACCAGUACGCCUGACAGCUUGGUUGAAUUAACGCCAACUGGACUAUCAUCAGAAAAUACUUUUACAGCAGACCCAUAUCUCUUCAGUGGAGUUUUGAGACUGUGCCGUCCCACACUUUGUAGUGGGGUGUGGGGGAGCCACGUGUACAGGAACUGAGUCUGACAGCUCACCGCAGGUCUGUUUACUAGGAAGUCCAGCUAGCGUUAGCCAGCUGAUACUUACACUGCAGCGAGCCAUCUCCCAGUAUCGGAAGUCGUUUGAACUCGUGUCGUUUCCAGUCAUCGACAGCAAUCAUGGCUGUUUGGAGAAAACUAUGGUGCAGAAACCUCCUGGCAGUGCCACUGCUUUUCUGUAUCCUGCUCCACACGAUGGACGUGCAUGCACGGCCAGCCAACAUGUCAGCCGCUAAAGAGAAGUCUCCAGCCAGCAAGGACGAAAAUGAGAUUCUCCCCCCAGACCACCUGAACGGGGUGAAACUGGAGAUGGACGGCCACCUCAAUAAGGACUUCCACCAGGAGGUUUUUCUGGGAAAAGAGAUCGAGGAGUUUGAGGAGGACUCUGAGCCCAGGAGGAACAGGAAGAAGCUGAUUGAAAUUUUCACAAAAGUUGAUUUCAACAAGGACAGGAGUGUUAGCGCCAAGGAGAUGCAGCGCUGGAUUAUGGAGAAGACGGAGGAGCACUUUCAGGAGGCCAUGGUGGAGAACAAGAACAGUUUCCGUGCUGUUGACCCAGACGGUGACGGUCACGUGACAUGGGAUGAAUACAGAGUCAAAUUUCUGGCCAGCAAAGGUUUCAAUGAAAAGGAAAUUGCCGAAAAGAUAAAGAAUAAUGAAGAUUUGAAACUGGAUGAGGAAACUCAGGAGGUUUUGGAAAGCCUGAAGGACCGCUGGUUUCAGGCCGACAACCCCCCUGCCGAUCAGCUGCUGAAUGAGCAGGAGUUCCUGUCUUUCCUUCAUCCUGAGCACAGCAGAGGCAUGCUCAAAUACAUGGUCAAGGAGAUUGUGCGCGACUUGGACCAGGAUGGUGACAAGAAACUGACUCUGUCAGAGUUUAUCUCUCUCCCUGUGGGCACCGUGGAGAACCAGCAGGCGCAGGACAUCGAUGACGACUGGGUUCGAGAGAGGAAGAAGGAGUUUGAGGAUGUAAUUGAUUCAGACCGUGACGGCAUCGUGACCAUGGAGGAACUAGAGGAGUACAUGGACCCGAUGAACGAGCACAACGCUUUGAACGAGGCCAAGCAGAUGAUUGCGGUCGCAGAUGAAAACCAGAAUCACAGUUUGGAGCUGGACGAGAUUCUGAAGUACAGCGAAUACUUCACGGGCAGCAAGCUCAUGGAUUACGCCAGAAAUGUUCACGAGGAGUUCUGAAGACACACUCCUCCCCUCUCAAGGCUGCUCGGCAAAGUAGAGCAACAUCCUACAUCUGCUUCAGGGACAAGCCUGAGGAGGGGGGCAAACUAAUGAUGGGAUGUUCUAGUGUGCAAUUGUGUGUUUUAAAAGCCUCGACGGCCUCUUUCACUGCUGACUCCAGUUAAUGCAUCCUUCCUUCAGCCCUGGACUGUCUGCCAGCCGUCAAAAUUAACAUGGUCUGCCUUCUGUGUGCCAUUGGACUUUAAAAUGUUGAGCUAUUCAACUCCAAAUUCCUGUGUGUGAUAUAGUGAAAUGUGUGUAUAUGAGGAAUUGUAACCCUGACUAGAUGUUUCUGUUUGGUGCAGUGGUGAGAGAGACUGCGCAGCGAGGCGAUUAUUACCAUUUAUUCUGCAGGAUCUGUCGCUUUUAGCCGUCUGUAUACAGUGUAAAUAUUAAUUGUCACGCAUUAAUGCCUCUGUCAGAGAGAAAAGUUGAAACUAAAAAUAAUGCUGCUAAAAAGGAAACACCCUUCUAGAGAUAUGAUUCUAAACAGUUUUGCGGUGACGCACAUUUUAUUUCUGCAAAUUCUAAAGGUGAUUUUGUCAUUAGUGGGGUAGAAUUCCACUGAAUUUCCAUUAUAGAUAGAAUCCGUCCUUCUACUCAUAAACAGGGUAAAGAAAUAGAAGUAUAACUUUGCAAAACUGCCUCAAUAACAUACAGUAAUCAUACUUAGCAAAGACAUUUAUUAACAAUCUGUCAGAGUAAUAUAUGAGAACAAUGUGCCUUUUUCCCAGCAGAUAUUUUGACUCAUUGAAGGAAAAGCACUGAUGACAUUAACGAUAUUACAUUAUAUAUUAUGUACAUUAUAACAUAAAUGAAUUAAUCAGUUUCACCCGUGUGUGUCAGUCAAAAUGUCUCCUGUUUGUAAAGGUCUAUUGUUUUGUUAAGGUGUGGAUAAAGAAAAAUGUAUUUAUUUGACCAGUAUAAUUUGGAACAGCUCACACAUGUCUUGUUUUUGUUUUUAUUGCUGUAGUCUUUAUGUCCUUGUUCACAAAGGAUGGAUAACUCACUCAUCAUCAUAUUUACCUGUUGACUAAAUUUUGAAUGCUUUUUGGUUAAUCCGUUCAAUUGCACUUGUACCCCGUCUUCAAA